AAAUUUUACCAAAUAAAUUAUAAUAAAAAUUAAUAUAUCCCCCCUUCCCGGAGACGCCGUCGUUCAGCGCCGGUGCCCUCCCCCCUCUCGCUGGAACAGCCUAAGGAACCAACACAAUGAAGAGAGGCUGCAGCUUUUCUUUCCACACGGCUGCCGUCUUUUCGGCUAUCGCUUUCAUAUAUUUCUCUACGAUCUUCAUUUUCAUAGAGCAUUGGUUUGGUCUAAUGUCUUCUCCAGGCAUCAUGAAUGCCGUGGUGUUCACCGGCGUCGCCGGAAUGUGCAUUUUCAACUACGCCGGUGCCAUCAGGAAGGAUCCGGGUCGGGUCCCGUCCUCUUACGUUCCCGACAUUGAAGAUGCCCAAAAUCCUGUCCACGAGAUCAAACGCAAGGGAGAAGAUAUUGAAACCCAGCAAGGCUGGGUUUCGGUUGAAACCCAGCAGCUGUCGUCCACUACUACUGGAACCCACAGCAAUAGCAAAUCCAAGGGCUCAACAGGAUUGGCCCCUUCUAAAUCGACCCUUUACGUUUCCAAUCUCGACUACGCCCUCACCAAUUCCGAUCUCCAUACCCUCUUCUCCACCUUCGGCAAGGUCGCUCGCGUCACCGUUCUCAAGGGGGUUUCGACGAACGCAGCAAGGCUGGGUUUCAACCGAACCCAGCAGCUGGGUUUCAACCGAACCCAGCAGCUGGGUUUCAACCGAACCCAGCAGCUGGGUUCGUCGAAACCCAGCAGCUGGGUUUCAUCUGCUGGGUUCCGAUGAACCCAGCAGCUGGGUUUCAUCUGCUGGGUUCCGAUGAACCCAGCUUUCCACCGACCUAGGGUGGGAAAGAAAGAAAGAGAAAGAAAGAAGGGAAGAAGAGGGAUUGGGAGGGUGCGGAAGGCUGGGUUUCG